GGAGUUGGUUCGAAGGCAAGACGACUCUCCAUCGCAUUUCCAGAGGAUUUCGAGGUCGAGGAGUGCCCGCUAGAGGAGCACUUUAACGCCAUCAGCCGCUUGAACAAGAAGCACGUUGGCGAAGGCGGUGCGGCAGUUGUGCAAGUCAUGAAGAGCAAAACAGCCGGUGAUUGCAAAGCGAAAGACAAGCUCUUCGCUGUGAAGGAGUUUCGGCCAUGGGAAGAAAGCGAAGAAACGGAGCACGAGUAUGUGCGCAAGAUCAAAAGUGAGUUCGCCAUUGCGAAGUCUCUGGAGCAUCCGAACAUUGUCGACACCUACAGACUCUGUUACUCGGACCAUCGCAAAAAGUGGUUCCACGUCAUGGAGUUUUGCGAUCAAGGCGACCUUAACGACAUCAUAACCCGAGACUUCUUCAGCCGCGAGGAUCGGGAUUGCAUGUUCAAGCAACUCAUUCGAGGCAUAGAUUACUUGCAUAGCCGUGGGAUAGCACACCGAGAUCUCAAGUCGGAGAAUCUCCUCCUUGACAAGAACGGCUGCUUGAAGAUUGCAGACUUUGGCACCAGCGAGGUUUUCUGCGGCAAGCACCCUGGCUUCCGCAACUGCAGACGGCCGAGCCUGGUGAAAGCAGAAGACAAGAUUAAGUUCUGCGAGCCGGGACUUGUCGGUAGCAGACCGUACAUGGCGCCGGAACUGAUCGCACGUAAAGAACCAUACGACCCACGCGCCAUCGACGUCUGGUGCUGCGGCAUCAUCUACAUCUCGCUCAUCACCGGCGGCACCCCAUGGGAAGCUGCGGAGAGUGGAGUGAAGAACUACGAAAUCUACGCCGGCUCAUGGGACGAUUUCCACGAGCGAUUCGGCGAGAACGCCAUGCCGACCAAGGAAGGCCCGUUCCCUAAGUUUGCGCAGACGCCGCAGUUCCGCAAGUUCGGCAGCCCGGAUGUUCUGGCGUUGGUGUUCGGAAUGCUGCAUCCCGACCCGAAGAGACGCAUCACGGCGCACGAUGCACUCGAGUGCGCGACUGUUGUCGACUUUGCGUGUUGUCAGCAGGAUGGGUACUCGGAUGACAUCAAGAAGCGGCAACGGAAGGCGCUGCAUAAUCAUAUACCACCGAAAAAG